AAAGCCUUGCAAAAGAGUAAGCACAGAGCUUUUAAUCCUUAUUUAUUUCAAUGCCUCAGCAGAAGGAACUGACUCAAACUUCAGGAAGUAGCUGUGAAGACAGGGUAGCAGGAAAUGACAGAAAACCUGAAUACGGAACUGAAGCAGCAGCUCAGAGUUUCUUGCUCUGAAGGGGCAGCAGCUAGAGAGGAGCCGAGUGUCUACUAGAGGAGCCGAGAGCUUAGAGCAAACGCUUGCGCGGUUGAAGAUGUGGAAGUCUGUAGUAGGUCAUGAUGUAUCUGUUUCCGUGGAGACCCAGGGUGAUGAUUGGGACACAGACCCUGACUUUGUGAAUGACAUCUCUGAGAAGGAACAACGGUGGGGAGCCAAGACCAUCGAGGGCUCUGGACGCACAGAGCACAUCAACAUUCACCAGCUGAGGAACAAAGUGUCAGAGGAGCAUAAUGUUCUCAAGAAGAAGGAGAUGGAAUCAGGGCCCAAAGCAUCCCACGGCUACGGAGGUCGGUUUGGGGUGGAAAGAGACCGAAUGGACAAGAGUGCUGUGGGCCAUGAGUAUGUUGCUGAGGUGGAGAAGCACUCUUCUCAGACUGAUGCUGCCAGAGGCUUUGGGGGCAAAUACGGAGUUGAGAAGGACAGGGCAGACAAGUCAGCUGUUGGCUUUGAUUACAAAGGAGAAGUGGAAAAACACACAUCUCAGAAAGAUUACUCUCAUGGGUUCGGUGGCCGUUAUGGGAUAGAGGAGGACAAACGGGACAAGGCAGCUCUGGGAUAUGACUACAAGGGAGAGACAGAGAAACACGAAUCCCAAAGAGAUUAUGCCAAGGGCUUUGGUGGUCAGUAUGGCAUCCAAAAGGACCGAGUGGAUAAGAGUGCUGUUGGUUUCAAUGAAAUGGAGGCCCCAACCACAGCUUAUAAGAAGACAACACCCAUAGAGGCUGCUUCCAGUGGCGCCCGUGGGCUGAAGGCAAAAUUUGAAUCCAUGGCUGAGGAAAAGAGGAAGCAGGAGGAAGAGGAGAAGGCACAACAGAUAGCCAGGCAGCAACAGGAGAGAAAGGCCUUGGUAAAGAUGAGCCAUGAGGCUAAGCCACCAGUGGCCACUAUGGAAGAGCCGGUGGUGUCAGCCCCAUUGCCCAAGAAAAUCUCCUCAGAGGCCUGGCCUCCAGCAGGGAGCUGUCUGUCAUCAGAGUGUGGGCCUGUGAGAACCAGUAGAGAACAACCAGUGCCUACCCAGCCCCCAAGGCAGAAUCCCCCAGAGGACAAUGAGGAGCCCCCAGCUCUGCCCCCCAGGACUCCAGAAGGCUUCCAGAUGGAGGAAGAGCCAGUGUAUGAAGAAGCACCUGAGCCUAAGCCCGAGCCUGAACCCGAGAAUGACUAUGAGGAUGUUGGGGAAAUGGACAGACAUGAGCCGGAUGAGGAACCAGAGGGCGACUACGAAGAUGUGCUCGAGCCUGAGGAUCCCUCUUUUUCCUCCACUCUGGCUGGAUCAUCAGGCUGCCCGGCUGGGGCUGGGGCUGGGAUCUCAGCUGUAGCCCUGUAUGAUUACCAAGGAGAGGGAAGUGAUGAGAUUUCCUUUGAUCCAGAUGACAUCAUCACUGACAUUGAGAUGGUGGACGAGGGCUGGUGGCGGGGACGUUGCCAUGGCCACUUUGGACUCUUCCCUGCAAAUUAUGUCACGCUCCUCCAGUAACUGUGGCUGUCUGUCUUCUGCACUGUGACUUCCCUUGUCCCAAGUGGCUCUGCCUCCACCCACUUUCCAUUUCUGCUGCAAGUGUCUGACAGGAUGUCAUGAGUUGCCUGAAGCUCUAGACAGACUUCCCUCUCCCUCUCCAUUAGGGUUUGGGGCAGAGACAGCAUGAGGAAGGAGGUCUCCUUCCCCUCGGUGUCCUGUCUAUCCUGGAUACCCUAGAUGAUCUCAGGGAUGUUUAUCUUGUAUCCUGCCUCCUUCCCCAUGAAUCCCCCCUCUAACACCCACCCUCCCGCUCUACCUUCCUUUGUUUGUGAACUCUGAGCUUCCUGGUUUGCUUACCUGGGAAGGUAUGUUUAUAUUUCCUGGUUGUGCUGUUUGCUUACUUUCCUUCUCUGCAGAAAUAUCUCUGAAUCUUCUCUCUGCUCAGUCCUAAAGUGGAAAUAAAGUGGGACCAUGGCUCACCUCUAUUCUGAGGUAAAUAGUACUUUUUAUGCAGCCCUCAAUGGUCCUGACUCUCAUGGCUCCAAUUCUCCUUCCAUCUUUCAGGGAUAUCCAGAAAACUCUCUCCUCCACUGCCCAUCACUCUGCACCCUGGGUGUCAAGGGCUGUGCCCUUUCCUUAGACUCUACUGAUACCCAGUCCAAAACUAGAUGGGCCUGGGGAAUGGCAGUAAGGUAGGGGAACAGGGGCCAGGAAGGGUCCACGAUAAGACAGUUCAACUUCUGCUGGCUUCAGCAGUUGUGAGAGGCCAGCCACUUUCUGCCUGGGAGUAAUGACUACACUCUUUUAGUGCAUAAUGAUUCUUGAGGCAAAAGCACAAAUUAGGGGAAAGAAAGGAGGAAAAGAUUUAGCCAAGAAAAAAAGACAAAAACUAAAGAAACAAUGAGGUGUUAAGAGGAUUUAGAGUGACAGUGGCCUCUACUAGAGAAAGUCUAGGCUUCCUUGUAGCUGGAUGAAUGAAAUUGAUGGUCAUGUAAGAAGGUAGAUUGAGGAAGCUCAUAAAGUUUCUGUGUGGUCCAGAGCUGAGGCUGCUGAUAGGAGAAGAAGUGAGGACCUUUGGAUGGCCAGUGAUAGGCAAAAAGCAAAUCACCAAGCAAAGUAUGGGGAUGAGGGAGAAUGAAAGGCCAGGACAUGGUGAGUUUAUUCUAACCCCAGGCCACUGGGCUUGGCAAGGUCCAGAAUAGGAGAUCCUAGGCAAAACCAAAAUCAAAUCGAAAUGAAAGUCAGGGAUUUGGUAUAGGGGAUCUUUGGUUGGUAGAAAAUAGAAGUCUGUGCUAUAACUGGUAUCUGAAGUUGGGUUCGGCUUUCAAAGAUGGAGAAGACAGUGGGAUCAAGGAAGAGCUAGGAUUGGUGUCUGAGACCCAUAGUUGCUGCAGGACUUUAUAAAAGUUCAUUGGUGAGCUGUGCAUGUGCUUAGAGCACUGCAUCCCUCAGGCUCAUUCCUUGGCUUUUCUUCAAGACACACACUCCUUUGUUUCCACAGCGACCUCUAUGCCAGUGAGUCACACAUCUGUCUCUACACCUCACUUAUAAGAUUCACCCAGUUAGACUUUCAGAGUGAAAAGCAGCUUUUAUUUCUGCCUAUAGAGACAUUGGGGUUUCCAGUGUAUAGAGGUAAGUCACACUAGAUAUACACAAUCUCA